AUGCCCACUUCUCCAUACCAUGAAGAUCCCUCUCGUCUCGACCGUUUCGACUCUUCGGUCGCGCAGGCCCAAGAACAUCCCUCCGCCGAUUCCCACGAUGCCGAGGGUGACGGAUACGGUGACUCGGACUCCGCCUUCAGCGGUGACUCUCUACUAGGUGACGACACCAAGACCUUAUCGACGUAUAUCACGGAUUAUCGGUACGAAUUUGGCCGUCGCUAUCACUCUUAUCACGAUGGCGCCUACUGGGGCCCGAACGAUGAAAUUGCGAACGAAUUUCAAGAUCUUGCCCAUCACAUGUACCUCAUAACCCUGGACGGGAAGUUGCAUCUCGCUCCUAUCGACUCUCCGCAGGAAAUCCUCGAUGUGGGCACAGGUACUGGAGUCUGGGCUAUUGACAUGGCCGAUGAAUAUCCCAGUGCUAGCGUUACCGGUGUCGAUCUUUCUCCCAUCCAACCCACAUUUGUACCCCCUAACUGCGUGUUCGAAAUUGACGAUAUCACACUACCUUGGACGUACGCGUCGAACCAAUUUGAUUUUAUUCACGUGCGCGAGAUGUUUGGCUGUAUACCAGACUGGGAUGGGUUCUUCCGGCAAUGCUGGCGUUGUCUGAAGCCUGGUGGUUUCAUCGAGGUAGUAGAACACGCAGUCCAGCCAACCAGCGACGAUGGCAGCAUGGGCCCCGAUCAUUUCUAUCAUCUAUGGGGAAAGACAGUGGUGCAGUCUGGAGAAAAAUUCGGUAAAAGCUUCACCAUCUGGGAAGAGAGUUCCGCUCGUCUCAAGAACGCCGGAUUCGUUGGGGUGGUUGAGACUGGGUAUAAAUGGCCCAUGAACGGGUGGAGUGCUAACAAAAAGUUGCAUGAUCUGGGCCGCUGGAAUCAACUUCGACUACAUGGCGGAAUCGAAGGAUUCAUGUUGCGGCUUCUCACCUCCACACUGCAGUGGUCAUUUGAGCAAGCACAGGUAUUUUUGGCUCAAAUGCGUGCUUCGCUACGAGACUACAAAACCCAUGCCUACCUUCCUGGUACUGCUGUUUAUGCCCAGAAGCCGAAAACCUCGACUCUUCGUUGA